AUGGUUAUUUCAAAAGAAAGAAGCAUACCUACUAUCACAAAGACAAAACAUAGCCAUCACAGCAUGUCAUCACUUGUACAAAAGCAGUCUUCUCCUCUGUCUAAAAUAUCUACCACUCAGGAAGUGGAAGAUUACGUGAAAGAUAACGUCCAAAAAGGUGAGACCGAUAGUAUCGAUUCUUUAAAAGCAACUAAUUUAGACUUGUCGAAAAAAGCCAUUCCGGGGUUUAAUCAGCCAAUUGCAGAAGGUGCAGAGUUCCCAGAAGAAUAUGAAAUCGAAACCAGAACUGGACUUGUUAAAGUUGCUACCUUACAUCAGCUAAAUAGAUUGGAUACCAGAGUAACAACGCAUUCAAGCAAGAAGAGUACAAAGGAAAAAAAUACUUCCUGUGGGUAUGACAACGAUAAGUUACAGAAAUGUAUCGAACGAAACCAAAAGGAAAUCGAUAGCUAUCACAAGAAAUCUGGAUUCAAAAAAUUCAUUGGUAAGCUUUUCGGAUAA